CUUCUAAACCGUCUGAUGCUUUUCAUCACGACCAUGUUGGUAAUUCGUGGGAGAGCCCAGAUGACCGCUGGUCUGUCCGGACUGCUCAUUACCUAUGCAACAGAGACUGCGGAAACCGUGACGUGGAUGGUGAAGCAGUGGUCCCAAUUGGAAACCAGUGCCAUUUCUCUGGAACGCAUCCGGGAGUAUAUGAAU